ACAAUUCCAGAAAUAUCUGUUCCAUACCUACUCACUCAUAAAGUAGAUGUUUUCAUAUUUCGGUUGGUGGAAGGGGGUUGAAACAGGUAGUCGGCCUCUGUGCAAAAUCUGCCCCGAUCGGCCCAGUCGCCAAGCUCGUUUCGUUCGUGUUCCUUCUCUCUUAUUGUGUUUAGUGCUCUCACUCUGACGACAUGGCAGACAUCUCAAAAGAGGAUCUUCGCAAAGAAAUUGCCGCCAUCUUAAAAGAUGCCGACCUGUCGUCGACGUCCGCCAAAAAGGUAAGGCAAGAACUCGAAGAGAAACUGGACACUAGCUUGCAGUCAAGGAAAAAGGAAAUCGAUGAUUUAGUCAUGGAGUUCGUGAGCUCUAAGCAAGACAAGAAGAAGGGAAAGAAGGGAGAUUCCGAUAACGACGAGGAUGAAGAAGAAGAGGAGGAGGAGGAAGAAGAGGAAGAGCCUUCUGAGGACGAAAAGAAGAAGAAGCGUUCUUCAACCGGAAAGAAACCUGCAGCCAAGAAGGCCAAGAAAGGUUCCGAUGACGAAUCCGCCAGUGAACAGAGCGAUGGGGAUUCUGAAGAAGAAUAUUCACCGAAAAAGUCUAAGCCAAUCAAGACACGUAAACUUCCCCCCAAGAAGAAGAAGGGUUCCGAGUCAGACUCUGAUGAAGAUUGGGGCAAGAAGAAGGGAAAGAAAGGCGGUGGCGGAGGAGCCAAAAAAGGAGGUGGUGGUUACACCAAACAGAUGACCCUAUCUCCCGAGCUUGCUGCCCUCGUCGGACAAGACUCAAUGGCCCGGCAUGAAGUCGUAAAGAAAGUAUGGGCGAUUAUCAAAGAAAAAGACCUCUACGACCCUAAAAACAAACAGUACGCAAUUUGCGAUGAUGCUCUGAUGAAGGUAAUUGGAGUUAAGCGAUUCCGGACCUUUGGAAUGAUGAAAUACCUGAAGACCCAUUUCAUCAGCUAAGCUGCAUUCGUAGCGUGUACAUUUGACUAGCGCCGUGUAUCGGCAACUGUUUUUUCCCCUUCCAGAUUUGAAUUUCGUAGUUUGGUGUCCAACGUCGCGCUAGUCGAGUCGAUUUCAUGUUGAUAGAAUUCAAAUAUUUUUUUAUUAUUAAGCUAUCGAACUGAUGACCAUAGUUUUUAAGUUUUAGGCCGUACAUUUUUUUUUCUUUUGAGUUAUCGUAAUGUAUUGGUAACAUUUGCGGUUUAGUUGAUUGGCGUAAUUUGUGCACUUGUAAAUGUUUCGAAAUGUAUUACAUACAUUCAAAAUUUUUAUUCAAUAAAGUACUUUAACGUG